CGACGUGGACCAUAGAGAUGAGGAGGAGUCUGCAAUCUGAAAUUCUGAAUGCUGGUAACGAGGCUAACAACCUUGUUGAGCAAUUGCCUAACUGUCAACCAGGCGGAGCAAAUCCACGCACACAUCCUCGUAAAUGGUCUUAACCACCUCGAGCCCCUCUUAGUCCGCCAAAUCUCCCUCUCAACUUCCAACUACUCAAGUCGUCUUGCUCGAUAUCUAAAACUAGUCAUUUACCAAUUAAAAAACCCAGAUACAUUCUCUUGGGGUUGCACAAUUCGGUUCUUUUCCCAGCAUGGGCAAUUCAAAGAAGCCUUUUCGCUUUAUGUUCAAAUGCAGAGACUGGGACUGUGUCCAAACACAUUUGCUGCGUCCUCUGCUCUAAGGGCAUGUGCUAGAGUUGUAGAUAAGAUAGGUGGAGUUUCGGUACAUGUUCAGGUUUAUAAAUCUGGGUUCUGUGGCUGCGUUUAUGUGCAAACAGCUCUGGUGGAUUUUUAUUCGAAAGUGGGUGAUGUAGUAACUGCACAGUUGUUGUUUGAUGAGAUGGUCGAGAAGAAUGUCGUUUCGUGGAACUCUAUAUUGUCUGGGUAUUUGAAAUCUGGGAAUUUAGCAGAGGCCCAUAGGGUAUUCGAUGAGAUUCCAAGGAAAGAUGUUAUCUCUUGGAAUUCAAUGGUUUCGGGGUACGCAAGAGUAGGAAAUAUGGACCAGGCAGGCUCUUUGUUUCAACAGAUGCCAGAGAAAAACUCGGCUUCUUGGAACUCGAUGAUUAGUGGUUAUGUUGAUUGUGGGAGUAUAAAAUCAGCCAGAAGCAUUUUUGAUGCGAUGCCUCGAAGAAAUAAUAUUUCUUGGAUCACAAUGAUUGCUGGGUACUCGAAAUGGGGGGAUCUUGAGUCUGCUCGCAAACUGUUUGAUCAGAUGGAUAAGAAUUGUCUACUUUCGUAUAAUGCAAUGAUAGCCUGCUAUGCUCAGAAUAGUCGGCCUCAGGAGGCCAUUGGGCUGUUCAAACAGAUGCUUGUGUCAGAUGCAGAUGUUCAGCCAGAUGGGAUGACUUUGGCUAGUGUUCUAUCUGCUUGUUCACAACUAGGAGAUUUCAAAUUUGGGUUUUGGACUGAGUCAUAUAUUUAUAAAUUAGGUAUUGAACUGGAUGAUCAUUUGGCUACUGCUUUAGUAGACCUGUAUGCGAAAUGUGGAAGCAUUGAUAAAGCAUAUGAGUUGUUUCAUGCCUUGAGGACAAAGGAUCUAAUUGCUUAUUCUGCCAUGAUCUUAGGCUGUGGGAUAAAUGGUAAGGUAGUUGAUUCGGUCAGGUUGUUUGAAGAGAUGGUAAAUGCCUGUAUUUGCCCUAAUUUAGUUACCUACACUGGGCUGCUAACUGCCUAUAACCACGCUGGCUUGGUUGAAGAAGGCUACAAAUGCUUUAACUCCAUGAAGGACCAUGGGCUUUUACCUUCAGCUGAUCAUUAUGGGAUUAUGGUGGAUCUUUUAGGAAGGGCUGGACGGUUGGAAGAAGCAUAUGAACUAAUAGGGAGCAUGCCAAUGAAGCCUCAUGCUGGGGUUUGGGGAGCUUUGCUUCUUGCUUGCAGAUUACAUCAAAAUGUUGAGCUUGGGGAAAUUACUGCUCGGCAUUGCGUUGAGCUGGAGCCCAAUUCAACUGGUUAUAUUGCUCUUCUCGCCAACAUUUAUGCUUCUGUCGGAAGGUGGGAUGAUGCCAAGAGACUGAGGAAGGUUGCAGGGGAUAAGAGGUUCACAAAGACACCUGGUUGUAGUUGGAUAGAAUCUAUCUGACUCAUAUUUGGAAGAAAAUGCACUCUCUCAAUGCUCAGAGACCAUGGUAUAAUUCUGGCUUUUGAUGGAAACCUCAUAUUUUAUGGCCGAAUUCUUCAGCUCUUAGUUGUACAAUGUUGUUGGACUUGGCGGCGUCUCGCAUGAAAUCGAUGGUUAUACUUUUUCACCUUGA